GGGGCGAAAGAGAGUCUAGUCACAACAAAACAAGGCUUCUUUCGGCUGUCUUCAAAGCCACUGGCUCCCACCCCGCUCUUCUAGAGAUUCCUUCUUGGUCUCUUCACGGUUGUUUCUCCUUCAAAGGAAUCUUUUAGCCGUAUUUUCAAGUCGAAAAGGAUUAUCUUCGCACACAGAUACCCCCACUACCCCGCCAUGGCCCCUCCAAAGGUCUUCUCCCUCGAGGGCAAAGGACUCAAGCUCGAUACUGCUGAGGAUAUUGAGGCGCAUAUCAAGCCUCUUCUCGAAAGCAACGACUUCACCGAAGUUCGCCUUGGCGGCAACACUUUCGGUGCCCCGGCCUGCGAGCGUUUGGCGCCUGCCUUGUCUGCGCAGAAGAAUCUCGAAGUCGCCGACCUCGCCGACAUUUUCACUUCGCGCCUCCUGUCCGAGAUCCCACCUGCUCUGACCUCUCUUCUGAACGCUCUUCUCGAAAUCAAGACCCUUCACACUGUCAACCUUUCCGACAAUGCGUUCGGCCUCAACACCCAAGCGCCCCUUGUGGACUUCCUCUCACGCCACGUUCCUCUGCGCCAUCUCAUUCUGAACAACAAUGGACUGGGCCCUGCUGCUGGAACAUUGAUCGCCGACGCGCUGACAAAGCUCGCAGAGCGCAAGGAGGCCGCGCGCAAGGAAGCUAAGGAAGGAACCGAGAUUCCGCUGCUCGAGACUAUUGUCUGUGGACGCAACCGACUCGAGAAUGGCUCAAUGGCCGCAUGGGCGCGUGCCUAUGAAGCUCACGCAAAGGGUAUCCGUUCAGUGAAGAUGACCCAGAACGGAAUCAGACAGGAGGGUAUCUCCUUGCUACUCAAGGAUGGUCUGCGCCACACCAAAGCCAUCGAGGUUUUGGAUCUGCAGGACAAUACCUUCACUGCUACCGGAUCCAGUGCACUUGCAGAGGUUGUGACUGGCUGGCCUGCUCUGCGUGAGCUUGGUGUUGGUGACUGUUUGCUCUCUGCGCGAGGAGGUAUCAAGGUUGCACAAGCCUUGGCCACAGGCAAGAAUGACAAGAUUGAAACGCUCCGCCUCCAGUAUAACGACAUCACUGCUGAAGGUGUCAAGCAGUUCCUACAUGCCACGAAGACAGCACUCCCGGUGCUAAAGCGCAUUGAGCUGAACGGAAACAAGUUCUUCGAGGAUGAUGGAAACAUCGAGGAGCUGCGUGAGCUUUUGGAGGGACGUAAGGAGAAGCACGGUAAAGACGACGAUCCUGAGGACAUGUGGGGUAUUGACGAACUGGAUGAGCUGGAGGAGGACAGUGAGGAGGAAGUGGAGGAAGACGAGGACAAAGAACUCGAAGAGCACAAGGCCGCUAAGACGCUCAAAGAGACCGUCCAGUCUGAAGACGAGGAUGUUCCCCAAGAAGAUGACAAGGAGGUUGACAAGCUCGCGGAGACGCUUGGAAAGACCGGCCUGUAGACUUACGGUCCAGUGGCAAUUUACUAUAUGCACACUUGACCCGUGCUCACCCAGACAAGGACGUCUGCGACUGCCAUUCUCGCAAAAUCGACUAUUGCGAUA